GGACAUUUCUUCUAAAACUGGCCACCCUGAGCGCCCUGCUGAUUCAGAGCAGAAGCGCCUCGGAGGGAUUUCUCCUCAGGACUGUCCUUUCCGCCCAGCGGCUAAGAGCUGAAUCACCAAGGAAAUCUCACAUGAAGAGGGAGGGGCAGAAAGUGAAGGCUUUAUAUUUCCUCUUCAGGGUUACAGCUCGCAGCUCACCUGCUGAACUGCCCCUUCACCCCCGGAAAGCAACAAAGGUGGCACUUGGCAUAAAAUGGCUUCCCUCAGCACAGCAAAUGUUGAAUUUUGCCUUGAUGUGUUCAAAGAGCUAAACAACAACAAUCUAGGAGACAAUAUCUUCUUCUCCCCAUUCAGUCUGCUUUAUGCUCUAAGUAUGCUCCUCCUGGGAGCCAGAGGAAACUGCGCAGAGCAGAUGGAAAAGGUACUUCACUUUAAUCAUAUUGCAGAAUCAUUAAAACCAGCGUUUAAGGACUCAUCUAAGUGCAGCCAGACUGGAAGAAUUCAUUCCGAGUUGGGAGUCCUGUUCUCUCAACUCAAGCAGCCAGACUCUAACUACACCCUCAGCAUCGCCAACCGACUCUAUGGGACAAAGACAAAAACAUUCCGUCAGCAAUAUUUAAAUUGUUCUGAAAAACUGUAUCAAGCCAGACUGCAAACUGUAGAUUUUAAACAGGCUACAGAAGAAACAAGGAAAACUAUUAAUGCAUGGGUUGCAAGUAAAACGAAUGGAAAAAUCAGAAACCUCUUUGCCAAGGGCGCGAUCGACCCCUCCAGCGUGAUGGUGCUGGUGAACGCCAUAUACUUCAAAGGACAAUGGCAAAAUAAAUUUCAAGAGAGAGAGACGGUUAAAACUCCUUUUCAGCUAAGUGAGGGUAAAAGUGUAGUCGUAGAUAUGAUGUACCAAACAGGAACAUUUAAACUGGCCUUCAUCAAGGAGCCUCACAUGCAAGUCCUGGAACUGCCGUAUAUUAACAAACAACUGAGCAUGAUCAUUCUGCUUCCAGUGGGCACAGCCGACCUGGAGCAGAUAGAAAAGCAGCUGAACCUGAAGACGUUUUCCGAGUGGACCAGCACGUCUAACAUGGUGGAAAGGGAAGUUGAUGUGCACAUCCCUCGCUUCACACUGGACAUCAAGUAUGAGCUCAAUUCCCUGCUCAAGUCCCUGGGCAUGACAGAUGUCUUCAGCCAGAUCAAAGCAGACCUUUCUGGAAUUUCUCCAGGAAAGGGUCUGUACUUGUCAAAGAUCAUCCACAAGGCCUACGUGGAUGUCAAUGAAGAGGGCACCGAGGCGGCGGCUGCCACUGGGGACAACCUUGUGGUCAAAAGACUCCCCAUCCGCGCUCAGUUCAUGGCGAAUCACCCCUUCCUGUUCUUCAUAAGGCACGUUCAUGCCAACACCAUUCUCUUCUGCGGCAAGCUCGCUUCUCCCUAGGGUGACGGGGUUGAGCCAGGCCCAGGGCUCAGGUGACGAAGCCGGAGGCAGCACCGUGUCUUGCACCUGGGUCUGCUCACCUGCACGGCGGGUCUAGGCUCUUCCCCAAACGAUUCCAAGGGUUGGUGAACCCUGAGGUUGUGGUGGUCAUGGAAGAAGUUCUAUUUAUUAAAAAAAAAAAAAAAAGCUUUUCUGCCUCUCUUAUCUUCGGAACCUCAUCUGAGUGCUGUCUGGGGGAUUUGAUCAAGCUGAUGAAAAGAUUUAGGGGUUAGAUGUUCUUCACUUAUGUCCGUCUGUGGCUCUGAAGUAAGGGGACCCUCCCCCUUCUGAAGACUGUGGGAGAGAUCCAGUUCUGGGUGGAUGUUUAAAUUCUGUAAUUUGCCUUGUAUGGGGAAAUGUAACAUGAAUUUCAGUUCAAAAUUCUGUAUUUACUAUAGUAAGUCCAUGAAAUGAAUCCUUUGGGGAGACUAUA